AUGGCUCUUCCAUUUCUGGGGCAAGGCAAACAACAACUGCUGGGUGGCUUGAUUGGUCAUCCAGCAAUAUUUAGUUCAGGCCAAGGGAUACAACCCAAAGCAAAGGAGCAGGACAACAAUCUUUGUUGGAAUGCAUCCAAACUUGCACAUAAGGACGUGAUCCCACCCAAGGACAAGGACCUGUACUAUAUCAAUGUGCCAGAAGGGGGCUACGGCAAUGGGCCCAAGCGGUUAGCGAAAUUCAAGCGCUCUGAUUCACCCUUUUGCAGGCAAUCCUUGCCCACCCAACUGCCUCCCUUGACUUUGUCCUCAAAUUGCCACGCUUGUUGGGCAGACAAUGUUGUUGCGGAGGAAGAAGCUUGCGCUACGGCGUCCAAGUCCAGCGCAUCAACAACAAAGCCUGCAGCACAGCAGGGCAAUAAACAAAAGGCAAGUGAGCCCGCUGCAAACGCAAAUUCCCCGCCCCCGGCAAGCCCCCCGUCCCUCGACUCCCCCAGAGACCGCCCAUCCCCGUCUCUGCCCCCGGAAAGCCCCCUGCCUCCGUCUCCGCCCCCACCCCCGGCAAGGUCCCCAACAAAGACGCCUUGCUCAAUUGUUGAGGUAGUUCUUCGGUCGCCAGCCCCGGUCAAACCCAAGCCCAAGGAGCCCUGCCGAAAGGAGCCGUCAAAGCCAGCCGCCGGCCCCAAAGAAACGCGGCGACUGAAGCGCAAGGCCGAAAACAAUCGAGAUGAACCUGCCACAGAGAGGCAGCAGUCAAGCCGCGUCGUGGAGCCGGCCGUGGACAAGGAGGCCGAGGAGCAGGGGCCAUCGAAGCGAAAGAUUCGUCCAAGAAUGCGCCCAAAACGCAAUCCCACCCCCGAACCCGAACCUAAGUCCCAGCUCCCCCCACCCCCGCCCCCGACUCCGAAUCUACCCCAGCUCCAGCCCCAGCCCCAGCCCCAGCCCGAGGGAGUCCUUGGCCCCAAGCCACGUGAGCCGACGCCUGCUCCCGAUUCACCGCCCACUCCCAAGCAGACCAAGAGAGGGCGAUCCGGCAAUAUACCCGAUGAGGAGAGCCGAGUCGUCAAAGUGACGACAAUGACGAUACGCACUCGCCGUGAUGCACUUCGCACCCGCGAAUGA